UUAUAUAUUAUAGUAAUCGAUUGCAAAUACUUGUAUUCCUCGGAUUUUCGCCCGUCUUUUUUUUUAUCAAAAAAUAUAAUGCGGCGUAAAUGAAAAUCUUAACAUAAUAGUAUGUUUAUUAUAAAAUAUUUACAUGAUUGUUAAAAAAAUAAGUCACAUGAAUUUCACGUGAUUCAUAUCACAAAAUCUACCUAAGUCGGUUUUCGUCCAAGACGCAACUAAGUUUUGCUACAACUGAACUUCCUCCCGUUCACGCCUUACGCAAUCGCACGCACACGCACAACCAAGAUAACCGUGUUAGCCUGUAGUUGAGAAACCAUGGUUCGCCCUUCUCUCAUUUCUCGCAAAGCACGAAGAGCACAUACGCGGCAUCAAGAAGAUCUCCGUCAGCAGGGCUUACCACCUUGUAAAGGCUGCCAUCUCUGUUCCCUCGCCGAUAUCCACGAAAUCAAGAAGAAAGCAAGGGAAAGAGAUUCCGAUGCACCUUUCACGCCACAGCAGCAGCAGCGUGAGAAUAAACCGUGUUCACGGAGCACAAUCCGGAAGAACCUUCGAAACAAACUCUUUCAAGGCGCCGUCGUUGUCCCUCCCAGACAUGUCGCGCACACCGAAGCCAUGAGCGAAGGUGAUGUUGAACCAGGCCGCUUGGUCUUUUGGACGGAUGGUUCUCGCGCCGACGAUGGUAGCUGUGGAAUCGGUGUUGCGUAUCGCUCUUCUCCUGAGGCGGCGUGGACCGAACGGUCUUGGAGUGCUCCGCGGUCCACACAGACGCAUGUGCUUGAGGUGUAUGCCAUUUCCAAAGCCCUCGAGAUGGCCUGGGACCGGUGUCGCGACGAUAUGGGGAUGGAGCAGAGACCUAGACCAAGCAGUGUUUGCAUCUACUCUGAUUGUGCGGGUGCCUUGGAAUACUUCACGCGAUUCAGACACACUUUGACGGGGUUGAAGGAACUGCCGUAUGGAGAAGAACUGGUCGGGCCAGGAAUCAUCGCGGCCGAGAGGUUGAGCGUCCUCAACGUUGCCGUAAAGUUACAGUACGUUCCUGGGCACUCAUCUAUUCAGGGCAAUACACAUGCGCAUAGAGCUGCGAGAAAGGGCGCGAAAUUUAUCGUCGAAAAACGACGAGCAGGAAGGAUAAUGACUGCCGUGGGAGCCAAAGGGGCACGUAAUCAACAGAUAAUAUAGGAUCAGGAGGCAAAAAGAUUCCCGUUAACGAUGAUAUUGUUCUGGUGUAGUGCUAUCUACCUAGAAAGACAA